CAUCCAUGUACUGCAAAGCUCCCACCAUCUUUAUCUUCACGAAAAAAAAAUCCCACUUCCUCGUACUGAAAUCCAGAGGUCACCAUGGGAGAGGUGGAUCCAGCCUUCAUUCAAGAACAAGAACACAGGCCAAAACUGGCGAAAACUGAAGCCCAAGGAAUACCCAUAAUUGAUCUCUCCAUACUGAGCUCUUCUGAUGCCAAUUCAGAUCACUCUCAAGCACUUGAGGGUCUUGUCAAGCAGGUAGGCGACGCAUGCAGGGAAUGGGGAUUUUUGCAAGUGAUAAAUCAUGGAGUGUCACUGGAAAAGCGAGAAAAGAUUUUCAAUACAUCAAGGAAUUUUUUUGCUCAGCCUCUUGAGGAGAAACAAAAGGUUAGGAGAGAUGAUAAGAGACCGUUGGGUUAUUAUGACACAGAGCAUACCAAAAAUGUCAGGGACUGGAAAGAGGUAUUUGAUUUCGCAGCCCAGAAUCCAGUCACGAUGUAUGCUUCAUAUAAUCCUGAUGACGAGGAGAUCACUCAGUGGUUCAAUCAAUUUCCUGAGUACCCUCCUGAAAUGAGGGAAGUUUGUGAAGAUUAUGCUAAGGAAAUGGAAAAGCUUGCCUUUACGUUGAUGGAGCUUAUUUCCCUGAGUCUAAGCUUGCAACCAGAUAGUUUCCAUGGCUUCUUCAAAGACCAGACCACCUUCAUUAGGCUCAACCACUAUCCACUUUGCCCAGCUCCUCACCUAGCUCUUGGGGUUGGUCGGCACAAGGAUGCUGGGGCCUUGACCAUCCUUGCCCAAGAUGACGUGGGAGGACUUGAAGUGAAGCGUAAAUCUGAUGGGGAAUGGAUUUGGGUCAAGCCAACUCCAAAUUCUUACAUAAUCAAUGUUGGUGACAUGAUUCAGGUGUGGAGCAAUGAGGCUUAUGAGAGUGUCGAGCACAGAGUGAAGGUGAACCCUGAGAAGGAAAGAUUUUCUGUUCCAUACUUCUUCAAUCCAGCAUACGACACCAUUAUUAAGCCCUUUGAGAAGAUUGCAAAUGAGCAAAACCCUGCAAAAUAUAAGCCUUACAAUUGGGGGAAGUUUUUUGCCACCAGAAAGCGUAGUAACUUUCAGAAGCUUGAUGUUGAGAACAUCCAAAUCUCUCACUUCAGGGUAUCAGAAUUAGCUGAAAAUUUAGAGGGUGCGUUGUCGAUCAAGAGUUAGUAACACCUUAAUUCUCGUUCUGUAAAAACGGAAAACAUCUUGGAUGAAGGCUUGAUGCAUCUCUUCAAUGAUUUCCUGCACUGUUAUUGUACAUAGAAUAAUGGAAUUUGCUACAAAUAAACAGAACUGUUUUGCUGCUA